AACCGCAUUAUGCACACUUAAUCCUUCCACUAAUAGGGAGAUGGAGAAAACAAUUUAAGCGUUGCACGGAGCGAAGUAUUUAGCCAGGAGUACAGAUAGAAGCAUCACUUCUGACUUAUUAGAUGGAUUAAUAAGCUUUUGCCUGAUGUUGAACUAGAAAAUUAGCAGCAAAAGUUUCCGUUGCGACUUGCGGGGCGCUAACUUGUGGGAUUCGUUUUGCAUGUAGCUUGUCAGCGGAGGCUCACUGCGGUGGGAUGGGCUGUGAGGUGUUCAAGAUGGCGGCGCCCUGUGGAGUGCAGAUACUCUAACAGAGGUGCCUGGAGACUGUAUUGGUGGGUGGCCCCAGGAGCCCUCCAGGCAGCCAGGGACGGACACUGUGAGAGAGACGCUGCCUCCACCAUGGCCAGGGAGCAGCUCAACAUGGGGGACCUCUUCCUGCUCCUGGAGACCUCUGACCUCCACCAGCUAGAAGAGAUCAGAGGCCUUAUCAAUGAGCAGCUCAGUACUGAGCGAGGGUCCAUGCUGCUGAAUGGGCUGGUGGGCUACUUUUUGGAAACAAACUCUGCCCAGGCCGUACAUAUCCUCUCCUCAGUCAGAGAGCCACAUGAUAAGCACCUUCUGGACAAGAUGAACGAGUGUAUGACCAAACAGGUCUGCCGACUGCCCGCCCUCACCCUGCUCGGCCAUGUAAUUCGCAAGCAACCGUCCUGGAUCCACAAGAUUGCUCGGUACCCUCUGCUGCUCUCACUACUCAAAUGCCUAAAGACAGAUACAGAUGUAGUGGUGCUGAUAACUGGAGUGCUGGUGCUGAUCACUCUGCUCCCCAUGAUCCCCCAAGCUGGGAAACAACAUCUUUGGGAGUAUUUUGACAUCUUUGGCCGCCUGGCAUCCUGGAACCUUAAGAAUCCCGGGCAUGUUUCAGAGGUUUACCUAAUCCACUUACACGCCAGUGUCUAUUCACUCUUCCACCGUCUGUAUGGCAUGUACCCUUGCAACUUUGUGUCCUACCUGCGAUCUCACUACGGCAUGAAGGAGAACAUGGAAACCUUUGAGGAGGUGGUGAAGCCGAUGCUUGAACAUGUUCGCAUACACCCAGAACUCGUGACAGGAACAAAGGAGCAUGAGCUUGACCCCACUAGGUGGAAAAAAUAUGAAAUCCACGAUAUUGUCAUCGAAUGUGCCAAAGUGUCUCUAGACCCCAAGGAGGCCUCCUGUGAGGAGGGCUAUGCCACCAUGCCUGAGAACUUUUACCCCCAAAUCCACCCGCGACCACAAGACUCCACUUCCAGCCCGUACACAGACCUCCACAGCAGCUACGGAAGCUCUUCUUCGACCCCACUCUCAACUCCACGGCAGCCGCCACCCCCACCCCUGUCCUUGCCCCCCUUCUCAGGGACACAGUUCUCCUACCGCAGCCCACAGACCUCCAGACGCCAGAACUCCACCUGUGAACUCAACUCUUCCUGCGGGGGGAAGGACCCUCUUUGGAGCCCCUCCUCGUUGUGUGGCAUGGCCACGCCCCCUUCCUCCAGGGGCAUGUCACCCAACCUAGAGCUCUCCCACAGUGCCUCACACCUUCCCAGCCGCUUCCACUGCACAUCAGGAGGGAAAGGAACGCCUGCCUCCAGCACUCCAGCCACCUCUUCUCCACCUCCCACACUAUCAGAUGACUUCCCCAUAAUCUCCUUACCAGCCAACACAGUCCAGUCCAGUCCACCAAGAAAGGAUCGUCGACAAGGAGAAAGCAGUAAGCCUGCACUGGUGAGACAGGAACCAGUGAAAGAUACAGAGAAGAGUGCAGAAGUAACAACAAGUAGAGAUGUAGGAGCUGCUGAGAACGUCUCUAUGACUUUGACGGAGCUGUCGGUCUUCUUGAAGAAACAGGAGCUGGAGCUUCAGCUGAGAACAGAGAAAGAGAGGGAAGAGGCUGCCAUCACUGAGGAGCUGCUGAAGAUCACUGAAGAUAAGCAGGAGCUGUCAGUCCUGAGAGGCUUUGACUCCCCUUUCUAUCACACCACUGAGACACUGACUGGCUGUCAGGCACAAGGCAAGACCCUCUCCAUCACCCAUCCUGGAGGCCCCGUCCGGGACACCCAUAAUGUUGUAUCAACACCAGACAAAGCAGAGAAUACUGCGAGUGCCAGUGGUGUUGGCAGUGAAAGAGGAGCUGGAGGAGCAGGAGGAGACAGCAGGUAUUCAGCUCUCAGCCUUGAACAGUCCUGGUCCCUCCAGUCAGGUUUCACCCCCAUCGAUCACCAGAGCCCCUCUGCCCCAGAUGACGAGGUGGGCAAAUUUGUGAUGUUCUCCCCGAGCCCGUGCAGCAAGACCUCAGCCCUGGUGCCAUAUGAGGCGUUUUUUGACUUGGCUCUGCCCAGGGCAGCCUCACUCUUUGUGGGGCAGAAAACGUCGGAGGUGGUGCACAAGGCGGCAACGGAGAGGCUGUCGCAGCAGGAGGAGGGCUUAGAAGACAAAGAAGAGGAAGGGGUGGUUGCUGCUUCACCACUGGAGAUGCUGGAUCGCCUUGUUCAGCCGGGAAGUGACGCCCACGAUAAAGGUCUGUCUAGGUUACCUUUGCCAAGUAAAUCAGCUGACUGGACGCACUUUGGAGGAUCGGCUCCACUGGACGAGCUUCACACGCUGCGCAGCCAGCUGUUCCUGCUGCACAACCAGCUGCUGUACGAGCGCUACAAGAGGGAGCAGCACGCCGUCCGUAACAGACGUCUCCUCCGACGCAUCAUCAAUGCUACUGCACUGGAGGAACAGAACAAUGCUAUGAAAGACCAGCUGAACCUGCAGAGUGUGGACAUCCUGUCUCUAAAGGAGAGUCUGCAGGUUGAACAGCAGCGCUACAGGCAGCUGUGGGAUGACCGGGAGACAGUGGUCACCAGGCUGCACAGUCAGAUCAGACAGCUGCAGCAGGGCCGAGACGACUACUACACCAAGAAUCAGGAGCUCCAGAUUAAGUUGCAGGAGUGUCAGAAAAAGAUGGAUGAACUGGAGGCAGAGCUUCAACGGGCCAACAACAAAGUCUGCCACACUGGUCACUUACUCAACCAGAUGACCAUCAAGCUGAGCAACAGCGAGAGCACCCAGCAGCAGAUGAGCUUCCUGAACAAGCAGCUGCUGCUCCUCAGGGAGGCACAUAAGCUGUCCAUGCAGGAGUUACACCACACAGGUGCAGAUAAUACAAAGGAGACCCAGAUGCUUCAGGUGUCUUAUGGAAAAGAUGUGGAGACACUGAGGCAGAGUCUGUUGGUUCAGGGUCAAAAACUGGAGGCGGCGCAGCAGAAAGUUGCUGAGCUGGAGACGCAGCUCUCCAAGAAGGAACACCUCAUCGCCGAGCAGAAGAAGUUCCUCGAGGAUGUAAAAUGUCAAGCAAAGGCGGAGCUGCAGGCCUCAGACAGCAGGUAUCAGGCUCAGAGGAGAAUCACUCAGCUGCUGCAGACUGAGCUCCUGCAGCUCUACAGCAGAGUGGAGAUGGAAGUUCCAGCCAGCACCACCACCAGCUCACCACCAGGUGGCAGAGGUGACACAGACGCUCCUGCUGACUCCAGUGUCAUGGUGCCAGAUGGACCACGUAAAGCUCACACCACCGAGGAGAGGGACAGCAGACCACCGCACGAUUCUUUUCGGGGCAAUGGCAGCACUUUAUCACCUGGGCAAAUAAAGGCGAACAACUCUUCCAAGUCAACAGCCAACUCCAUCAAUGGUAGCCAGGACCUGGCCCCACCCCUGCUGGUGGAGCCCUCCCUCUCACAUCCCCAUGCCAGUCCACUCAUGCUCCUGCCCCCCUCCGACACGCCGCUCACCGUGGGCUCCUACCCCAGCGCCAAGAGCUUCCUCGGCAUGAGGGCACGUGAGCUGUUCCGUAACAAGAGCGAGAGCCAGUGUGACGAAGAGCAGCCUCCGCCGCGCCUGGCUGGCCUCGCCCAUGACCUGAAGACUGAGCUGUGCGUGGAGCCGCCUUGCCCAGGUUAUGUUGCCCCCAUUGGCCCUGCACCUUCCCCAGUCCCAGCUCCGGUCCCCACUCCAGCUCCUGUUACCCCUCUCACUGUGCUCACCAAGGAGCCCCCAAAUGAACCCAAGCGAGCCUCCAGCCAAGAAAGCCCCCGCAGGAAGGCUGGGGUGGGGUCUGGUGUAGGACGGGGUCAGAUGGGGCCAGGUCGCCCACGGCAGCAGCAGCUAAAGAUCAUGGACUAUAAUGAAACACAUGAGCACAGUUAGAGACAGAGAACUGAGCCAGGACACAGGGUGGGCGAUUAGGGACUGAAGUUUAAGGAUCGAGCUACAAAUCAGCAAAAGAGUAACAAGUCAGCAACUCUUUGGAAUUCAGUGUUAUUUGUUCCAUUCCUUUGAGUGGACAGCAGGAUUUCUCUGUGUUUUUCUUUCUUUGUUUUUUUAUAAUGAUUCAUUCCCCUUAAGAAUUUUGACAAUGUGACUGAUUCAAAAGUUAUGUUACCAGUGAAGAUACUAGACUUAUGAAUUUGGUAUUUGAAUAUGCCAACAGGAUAUACUCAGUACUAGCUAUACUGUAACUUGCAUGUGACUGAGUCUGCAGUUUAAAGGGUCAGAUCAACUAAGUUACACAAAUGCACAAAUUGCCCUCUUAGAUCCAUUUGUAUCAGCCACACAGAACAAUUCACUGACCUCUCAGUGAUUAGCUUUGAUUGAAAAGUGAGGAAAUAGUCCUUUGAAAGGAAAUCUCAAUAAGGUCUGUGGAUUAUCCAGCAUAACAGGAGCACUGUUUCUGGAAAAACAAGUUACUGUUAAAAGGUUAGAUGUCAUUUUUCAACACUGUCAGACCUAUAUAUACAAUUUAAUUGAUUUGCAGGAGGGUUACAUCAGAGCGAUGGAAGUGAUCACUACGUAGAUAUGUUGAGUUUAUUCCGAGGAAACCCUGGAAUAUGACCUUAUUGUUGCUUAACUGAAUUGGAAGACUGGCGUUUUCAUACAGAACUGCCUUGAGUUUUUGUACCAAACUAGACAAAAUGAGAAUGUUUUGUUUGGGAGUGUACCAGUAUGUUAUCAUAUUUCAGGAAAGAUGCAAUGACAAAGCAUUUAGAAACUGCUGAAAGUUUAUGCAUUUUAAUAAUUCUGCACACUGUCAUACCUUUGUUUUAUUUAUUCUGCCAGGAAGGAUAUGCAUAAGUACAUUCUCUAAAUUUGAAGCUGACCUGGCCAGUUACACAAGCCCAAGCUAUAAAAAUUUUUUACAUUUUUUGUUAGACUACCAGCUGAUCUUGUUGGAAGUGCCAUGAAAUAUCAUUUUCUAGCCACACUCAAACAUCUCUAAACAGAAGCAUUUUUCAUAUUGUGCUCAGCUGAUACAUACAACACGGGAAACCACUGUCUCAUCCAGUAGAUUUUUCCCUUUGCAGAUCUGACAAACACUGAGUUAGCUCAAUGCUUAGUAUUAUUAGAAGUAAACUCCAGUUUUAAAAGAUGUCUAAAUCCUGUUGUCCACUGGGAACUCCUGCUGUCAUUUUCUUCUGCCUUGCUAUCUAAAGCAUGUUCAACAAUCCACUUUAAAUGCCAACCAUAGUAACUACAGCAAACCAAGACAGAGGGUACAAUCAGCACAAACAGAAGAAACUAGGACUCUGACCCGAGCUGGAGAAUCUAGGAUGAAAUUGCAAAAAAAGGAAGUUUUUAAAGCAGUGGCUUGUGUUUAACUGUGAACAAUAAAGAUCGUCUUCAAUGUUUUGCACUACAA